GGAAGUGGUUCUGGCGCUACCUGCUCUUCUUCCUAAACCAGCUGCGAGUCUAUUCCAUGUAUGUUUUUUUUUCCCGCUAGACAAUGAAUGACUGGGCCCCCAUAGCAAAGGAGUAUGACCCCCUCAAAGCCGGGAGCAUUGAUGGCACGGAUGAGGAACCCCACGACCGCGCCAUAUGGAGGGCCAUGCUGGCACGGUAUGUGCCCAACAAGGGAGUUACAGGAGAUCCUCACCUCACCCUCUUUGUAGCAAGGCUCAAUCUGCAGACAACAGAAGAUAAGUUAAAGGAGGUCUUUUCCCGGUACGGAGACAUCAGAAAGAUCCGUCUGGUUCGAGACCUGGUCACGGGAUUUUCCAAGGGUUACGCAUUUAUUGAGUACAAAGAGGAGCGUGCUCUCCUGAAGGCCCACAGAGAUGCCAACAGGCUGGUUAUUGAUCAACAUGAGAUCUUUGUAGACUUUGAACUGGAAAGAACUCUCAAAGGAUGGAUUCCUCGGAGGCUUGGAGGUGGUUUUGGAGGCAAAAAAGAAUCUGGGCAGCUACGGUUUGGAGGACGGGACAGACCUUUCCGAAAGCCCAUCAAUUUGCCAAACAUGAAAAAUGAUUUCUAUGGAGAAGGAUCCACAGAGAAACGAAACUGGUCUCGUGAAGGAACAAGGGACUGGCGAGCAAGGGACAGAGAGCAUGAAAGGAGCAGAGACAAGCGAUGGCCAGAAAGGGAGCGGUCGUGGGCUUGGGGUGAAAGUGAGAGAGAGAGGGACUCCAAGGAGGAGAGGAGCAGAGGGAGGGAGAGGAAGGACAGAGAGAGGAAGGACAGGGAUAGAGACCGGAGCAGGGAAAGAGAUAGUAAGAAACAAAGAGACGAUGGUAAGCAUCGGUAGGGGACAGUGCCUUGUCACUGG